AUGUAUCAAGCUCACCUAGACCAAAUAGCUGAGCAAUUCGAGGAAAUCGAAUUCACAUACUUACCAAGAGACGACAAUCAAUUCGACGAUACACUAGCCAAGCUAUCCUCCAUGCUCAACAUCCCGAAUGAAGUGGACGGAAUGAACCUCCGAGUCGAAAGGAGAGAAGAACCAGCCUACUGUUGCAUCAUUGACAACGAACCCGAGCCAGCGGCAGAGGAACCGUGGUACACGGACAUACUCCGCUACAAAACAAACAGAGAAUUCCCACUAGACACGUCGCCACAAGCCAAACGCGCUCUACGACUGCUGGCUUCACAGUAUGAUCUAUGCUUAGGAGAGUUAUACAAAUACACACCCAACAACAUCAAAAUGCUAUGUGUCCAUCAAGAUCGAGCAAAACGAUUGAUGAAAGAAUACCAUAGCGGCGUAUGCGGCCUGCACAUGAACGGGAGAAUGCUAGCUAGAAUUAUAGCGCGUUUAGGGUACUAA